ACCCGAUGAGACCUUGGUUUCAUCUAAUUAGCAUGUCUCCUCUCCGUUUUCUGCUGUUGGGUUGCAGAUAAAUAUGUGUGUGACAGGUAAGCACUGACUUGUGGGCAAGACAGACAGCUGGUUCCUCCCGUUACAGGGAAAGGCCCAGGUUUGAAGGUGGAGGCAAGGACCGGACACAUUGCUGGGGAACGUGAGUGACCCAUUUCACCAAAACGAAGAUGUCGGCUUAUUUAUAGGAAUUACUUGAAGCCAGAGUCAUGGUGGAUGUAGGCAAGUGGCCAAUCUUCACUCUGCUCUCGCCUCAAGAAAUUGCGUCUAUUCGGAAGGCUUGUGUCUUUGGCACCUCAGCCAACGAGGCGCUGUAUGUUACUGACAACGAUGAGGUCUUUGUGUUUGGACUGAACUACAGUAACUGUCUAGGAACUGGAGAUAACCAGAGUACACUGGUACCCAAAAAGCUGGAAGCCCUGUGUGGAAAGAAGAUUAAGAGCCUUAGUUAUGGGAGUGGACCACAUGUUCUUCUCAGCACUGAAGAUGGAGUUGUUUAUGCCUGGGGCCACAAUGGAUAUAGCCAGCUUGGGAAUGGGACGACCAACCAAGGCAUUGCUCCCAUCCAAGUCUGCACCAACCUCUUGAUCAAGCAAGUGAUUGAAGUAGCUUGUGGCUCUCAUCAUUCAAUGGCUCUGGCAGCUGAUGGAGAGGUAUUUGCAUGGGGCUAUAACAACUGUGGCCAGGUGGGAUCAGGAUCCACAGCAAAUCAACCAACUCCUCGGAAAGUUACCAAUUGUUUACAUAUUAAGAGGGUGGUUGGCAUUGCCUGUGGUCAGACCUCGUCCAUGGCUGUUCUGGACAAUGGGGAGGUGUAUGGCUGGGGUUACAACGGCAAUGGGCAGCUUGGCUUGGGAAACAAUGGCAAUCAGCUGACCCCUGUGAGAGUGGCAGCUUUGCACAGCGUGUGUGUGAACCAGAUUGUCUGCGGCUAUGCACACACCCUAGCACUAACCGAUGAAGGCUUGCUCUAUGCCUGGGGAGCUAACACGUAUGGGCAGCUGGGAACUGGCAAUAAAAAUAACCUGCUAAGCCCUGCACACAUCAUGGUGGAGAAAGAAAGGGUAGUGGAGAUUGCAGCCUGCCACUCUGCCCACAUGUCUGCCGCCAAGACACAGGGAGGGCACGUGUACAUGUGGGGCCAGUGCCGGGGCCAGUCAGUGACCCUUCCCCACCUCACCCACUUCUCCUGCACCGAUGAUGUGUUCGCCUGCUUCGCCACACCUGCCGUCACGUGGCGCCUCCUGUCUGUGGAGCAUGAAGACUUCUUAACAGUUGCAGAGUCACUGAAGAAAGAAUUUGACAGUCCAGAAACGGCUGACCUGAAGUUUCGAAUCGAUGGGAAAUAUAUCCAUGUCCAUAAAGCUGUUUUGAAAAUCAGGUGUGAGCACUUUCGAUCCAUGUUCCAGUCUUACUGGAAUGAGGACAUGAAGGAGGUGAUCGAAAUAGACCAGUUUUCUUACCCAGUGUACCGUGCCUUCCUCCAGUACCUCUACACAGAUACAGUGGAUCUGCCUCCUGAAGAUGCUAUAGGUCUUUUGGAUUUGGCGACAUCUUACUGUGAAAACAGACUGAAGAAACUUUGUCAGCACAUUAUCAAGCGAGGAAUCACCGUGGAGAACGCCUUUUCAUUGUUCUCUGCUGCGGUCAGAUAUGAUGCAGAGGAUUUAGAAGAAUUCUGCUUUAAGUUUUGCGUCAAUCAUUUGACAGAAGUUACACAGACUGCAGCAUUUUGGCAAAUGGAUGGCCCUCUGCUAAAGGAAUUCAUUGCUAAAGCCAGUAAAUGUGGAGCCUUUAAGAACUGAAGCCCGAGGCUGCUGGGUUUUGUGUGAGUGCUCUGGGGCUGGUGGUGGCCUGUCAUUUGUGCUCUACGGGUGAUGUAAUUCUGCAGGUAAAAACCCAUCAGGUUGUGCUCUUGCUGAGAUACAGUUCUCUGUGGAGGGAUGUGUGAAGGGUGUACAGCUUUUCCUGAACCCACUUUAAACAACUCUUGUUUCCAGAUACGUAUGUUUUAAAUGUGACUUUACGUUUGGCUGAGAUACUGUAAAAGGGUGCAAAUUUAGCUGGUUGUUUUUUGUUUUGUUUGUUUUUGGUUAGAGGAACUUCUGAAGUUGGAAAGGGGAGAUUUGUGGCAACUCUCCUGGCUCACAUAUCAACAACCCUUUUGACACCAGGAGUUGGGAUAGCGUGUGAAUUGUGAGGUGGACACAGAGGCCCCGCCGGGCAUUCAAGAUGCUGACUUGGGGCUUGUUGAAGGGCUGCAUUAGUUGCCAGUUCAGUAGCCUUACUGUGAAGGAAUAGUUAAGAUUGUUUGAGACUUUUGUUUGUGUAUUUGCAUUAUUGAUGACUUUUUUAAACUUCAAAAUAAUACAAAUCCAUUGUAAUGCUAAUUAUGUAAAGAUAAAUUUCUAGGCUAGUCAAGGUUUCUCUUAAGACUUAAGUACAUAAGGAGUAGUAACAUAGACCUACCUGUGAAAAGUUGAUAGUGAGAGAAGCUUCACUUGGGCAAAGGUGAACAUUUUAUAAAUCAGAGUCUCCACUACUAACAGUAUUUUAUUAAGGUUAAAUUUGAGAACCCAGAUUUAACACCCUCCCCCUUUCCUGCUAUAAUGCUCAUCAUAAGAGAAAAAUAAUGAUGUAUUCAGUAUACUCUUGCCUUCCUAAAUUGUGGUGGCUGAAAUCAUCUGAUCUGCUACGUCUGACUCAAAAAAGUAGUUCUUAAAACCAAGUUUCUUACAGGGCUUAAUGGAAUUUGUUUUAUCAAUUUUAUUAAUGCCAAAUACCAUCACAGAUUUUGCUUAUUUGAAAUUUCACCAGCUUUCACAUUUGAUUUUCCUUUCCUUUCCAUUGUGUUAGGUAUAAUAUUUGGCACAAUUUAACUUCGAAAAAGGAUCUAAAUUAUUGGGGUUACUUUUUGGUUUGAUUAUGAAAUGUGACAUUGGGAGGUAAGUGUUCAACUGAGUUUUAUCAUGUGUGUCCCUUGAACUUGCUUCAAGAACAAAGUUCUGUUCUGCUCUCUGGCCCAAAGACUCAUUUCCCUAUUUGUGGGGGCUCCCUUAGUGAACUCUUUUUCCUGUUAGGAAGGUCUCCCAUCUGAACUUGGAGCCUAGAUAUAUUUUCAGAGUCAAAUUUACAAGAGGGUGAAGAGAGGCUGCAGCUACUAUUUUUAGUAUUGCUUCUAAGUGUGUGUGAGGGAGGUGAGGGCCCAAAGAUGGAAGUUCAUUGAUCAGUGAAGUAAAUACAAACCCAGAAGUCCCAGCCUCCUUUUCUCGACCUUGUUACAAGUGAUUGAAGCCCAGGGAGUUACUGGGUUAAACUUAGUUCUGCAACAUGAUCCAAUUUUCUUACUAGGUUAAUAAAUGUACAUUAAUUUGAUUAUUAGCUACUAUCAGUAGUAUUUGUAGUAAUCACUAUCUGUAGGCUUAUGAUCUGGACAAAACAAGGACUAAAGUAUGUUUACUGUUGCUCUUACUUGAAAAAAAAGCUAAAAAAAGCACAAAUUAAAGUAGUGGGUCCAUUUCCAUAGAUAGUUCGCUCAUUGAACAACUAUUUACUGAGUUCCUAAAAGGUGAAUAACCACUUCUCAGAUUACUGAAUAAUUUGUAUGAGUAUGUAUUCAGUGAAGACAGCAGGAAUAAGUCCUUCAGAAAGUAUUUGAGUAUCUUUUUUUAAAAAAAUACACUCUUUUUUCUACUUGGUUUUGUUGUUAAUCAUAGCAGGAGAUGAAAACUAGUCUUUGAAUUGCUUUUUUUCAUCCUAUGUAAUAAUGAAAGCCAAAAUACCCAUAUUUCUUAAAAUAGCCCUACAAUGUACUCUUGAACUUCUUACUGGAACAAUGUUUGAUACUCUAGUUACAUAGGCUGUAUUUAUGUAAUGUUUAGAAUGACAUGUUAAUAAAUAAAGCAGUCUGGUACAGUGGACAUGCA